AUGCCAAGAAGCACGGACCGCCGCGCAAUGCUCGGCUGCUUCCCCGCCGUCGUCGACCCCGACGACGCCGACGCGCAGGCCGACCUGUCCUCCGCCAUCGCGUCCCGCCGCCUCUCCCUCGCGCCCCCCGGCCGCUCCAACUCCAUCGUCGACUCCUCCUCCCCCGAGCACGCCGCCGCCCCUUGCCACGGCGGCACCACGUGCAGCGUGCCCGGCCCCAUGAUCCCGUCGCAGGAGGCGGUGCGGAGCGUGACGCUGUCGACGGACGCUCCCCGCGCCGAGUUCCUCAAGUCCAUGCUGGAGAUGGCGGAGGCGCUGGGGCUGGACCCGCGCCGCGGCGCCGACCGCGCGCGCAUGCACGACCUCCUCUUGUGGUACAUCGCCAUCAACGACAGCGACACGCUCAGGGACAUCCUCGGCGCAUUCACCGAGCUCCUCUGCAUCCUCAACGGCAACACCACCGGCGACGGCGACGGCACUGCGCCACCAGCGACAGCAGACAGAGCGACGCAUAGGUAG